UAUACUCCGCCCUGCACCGUCCGUCACUAUUGCGAUUGUUCUUGGCGACACCGCCGCCGGUAUGGUAGACAACCACAGAUGUAGUACCGGGCCAGUGUGGAGGGACGUCGUCGGACGGUUGCGACAGAUCGAGAGUGAUGACCGGGCGUUUGUGCUCGCCGCCCCGAACACCGACAGAAACCUGGUGCGCGCCACCACAGCCAGGCUGUACGUUAGAUAUAUGGUGACGAUUAAUGAACUAACGGCAUGCCACAACUCCAUUAUACAACCUCAGUUGCGGAUUUUCAUAAAAAAAUUAUUAAUGUGCACUUUUGGUCGUAUACUUGAACUCAAACAAAUUCUUAUUGGUGAAGACAUCUCAAUAUACACACCGAUAACUGAAGAAUUGAAUAAUAUGAAAAUAACCUAUGACCAGUUUGAAUUGAGUAUACCUCGGUGUUUCCGAAAUGAGAGACUAUCAUUUUUAGAAGAGAUCGACCAUAAGAUUGAUGAAAUAAAUAACCGUAUUUUAAUAGAUGAAGAAAACAAUGACUUAUUAAGCGAAACACAAAACGAAAUUAUUGCACUAGAAAAUGUAAAGGGGUCUAGCACUAGUCAAUUUGUCAGUCAAGAAUCAUCGGAAUCCUAUUUAGAUGUAGACAAAUUUGUUUUAGAUGCACAACCUGUAACUACAUUUCAAAAAAUUGAAAGUGCAGACGAUUCAAGAGAGUUGUCUAUAAAACUCAUUCAAAAACAUAUCAGAGCAGUAAAAGAUCGUGUAGCUGUCAAUGAAUUAAUAUCUGCUAGAAUAACUAGAAGCAACAUAAUUUCCGGGAAGUAUAAACGGCCUAGUAAAGAGAAAGCUCGAGAAGCGGCAACUAAAAUUCAACGAUUUUGGAGAUAUUAUCGAAUGAUGAUACAAAUCAGUGCUAGGAAACAAAAACGACACAUUCAACUUGGCAUGCAUAUGACUAGUGAAAAAUUUAGUUUCGAUAUAAAUCGUGAACUAGAGGAUGCGAUUCGAAUACAACAAGCUGAAGCAGAUAUAAAGCAUCGUAAAAUUAUAAGCGAAUUGGAAGACAAUUUUGUACAACGCAAUAAAGAUGAAAUAAUCGAAGAAAUCGAAGAUGAGCUUAGAGCGUACGUAUGGAAAUAUUUUGAAAUGUGUCAUCAUUUACCGACUUGGCCAAAUGCGAAACCUAUUAUGUUCUCUGACGAUAACAAUGAUAUUAUUGGAUUACCACCGAUAAUUUUGUCGCCUGCUGUCUUAAAAGAGUUACGUAUACCGAAUGUACGUUAUAAGUCAGCAUUAAAACAGAGAUUACUGAUUGGAGGUUCGGCUAUUCUUCAAACAGGAAGGUGGAUGACUAUGGAAAUGGCUGAAAUACUUUCAAUGUUAAUCAUAGAAUUUGAAAAAAAACCAGCAAAAGAAAGAAAGGCACUAAUGAAUCAAUUGAUAGAAAAAAAUAAAAUUGAAAAAGAAAAAAAUCUCGAAAACGCAAAAUAUAAGGAAAAGUUAAUAGCAGCAGUUAAAAUUUUGGGCGUCGUUUUGGAAUCAAGUGAAUUGACAGAAUGGUUUAAAGAAACGUUCAAUGAAUAUGAUAGUAAUUGGGCAGUAGAUGAUGGAAUUGAAAAUGAACCUAGGGAAGAUAUAAUAAAAUUGGACAUUUUUUCAAAGGCUCAACUGCAACUUAGAGCUAUGGUUGAUGAAACUAUUAAGGAAGAAUUAAAUAUUCUAAAAAUGGCUUAUGCUCGAGAUCUAAAAAAAAAAUAUAAAGAACCUAAAAAAAAAAAUAAUAAAAAAACUUCGAGGAAAAAAAAAACUAAAAAAAUUCCACGAGAUCCAAUUGCAAUCUUUGAAGAAUUGGUUAAGAACAAUCUAAUUAAAAAGUCAGUUAUCUCCAGAUUUACAGAUUUUCAAGGAGAAGUGUCAUUAAGCGCUUGUGUAUUAAGAGAAGAACCAUAUUAUUCUGAUCCACCCUAUUGCUUAGGUGAUAUACGUCAAAUAAUCAAAGAGUUGUGUGUAAUUGGUUUGAUUUUUGAGGAACUUCGCACAUUCAAAAAUAUCGAUUUCAGCCGAUCUCUAUUGAUAGCUGGCCCCCCAAAGUCCGGAAAAUCAAUGUUAACAAAUGCAAUAUGUACAGAAAGUGGAUCAUUAAAGAUCGAACUAACACUUAUGAAUGUGUCAGAAAAUUAUCCAGAAAUUAAGAAAAUUAAUCAAUUAGUCAAAGAUAUUAUUUUGUUUGCUAAAAGACAUCAACCAGUUGUGAUCGAAGUGGACUUAGCCGAUGUACCGUUUUAUAAAAAUAUUCCAAAAAAUUUAAAAGUAUAUAAACCAAAUUUGAUGGCGAAGUUGUUGGUAAAGCUUAUGAAAUCUUUAAGCAAAUCUGAUCGUAUAAUAGUUGUUGGAAAAGCAACAAGUCCUUGGUUGACUUCCAAAAAAAAAUUAUCCAAUAUAUUUGAUACCAUCGUGUUCACCGUACCUGACGACUGUACUUUAUUUUUAUAUCUCAACGACUUAAUAAUGAGCUAUCCAGUAGUAAGCCGAAGAUUUCCAGUUACACCAUUGGCCAAUAUGUUGGCAGGUUACUCAAAGCAGAUGAUAGACGAUAUUGUGACCGAAGUAAUGACCACAGAACGGGUGCUAACAAUCAGGCAUCGUCCAUUGGAUCCCGUGGAGUUUGUACCCGCAAUGUUAAAAUAUCCGAAGCAGAACCCUCAACAGUUUGGACUUUAUAAAAAGUGGUACGACAAAUAUGUUUCUAUGGGUGUAAGAAAAGUAUUAGAAAUCGAAACAAAACUAGCAUCGAUAAAGAAAGCUACAAACAAAAAAAAAUAAAAAAUUGAAAUGUAUGAGACUCACAUUGCGAUCGAGUGACCAAUAUUUUAGAACUAAUAAAUCAAUUUGCAAUAUUGGUAGUAUGUUAUAUUCUUUUAUAAAGUAACUAUGCAGUACCUAUACUGUAAUAAGUUAGAAUGCAAUUUAAAUAAUUCAAUUUUUUUCAUUCAUCAG